ACAUUGUGCUAUUUGCCCAGUAACCGGUUAUCCGUGUUAUACAUAUGUAAUUGUCACGAAUUUCAUGAAACUUUUAGCUUUAUAAAAGCUUUGAUGUUUUUAUUGUAGAUCAAUGAUGUCACCGAAUUUUCGUUUUUUGUUAAACUUGCAGCGGUUUUUUUCCACGAGCGUCUCUAAACUGCCGGAGCACUGUAUUUUUGUGAAAGUGAGGCCAAAGUACGAAGAUGUGAGACGUUCCAUUCCGAGCUCUGUUCAUCUAGUUGACGUGGAUGGAAAAUACAUGGGAUUUCUCGAGUCUCUCACUGUGCGGAAAAUUUUCGAACAAAGAGAGUUGCUUUUAGUUGAUUUGUUCCAACCUCAAAAAGAUGUUCCCACUUGUCGUCUGAUUACCCGAAGUGGUUUGAAAGCUCUGGAAAAAGCCCAGAAACAAGUAAUCAAUGACAGUGGGUAUCAUGAGUAUGACAAGUCAAGGACAACUCAGAUUCGACUAAACAGUACAAUCGACGAAACGCAUCUUCGACUAAAAGCUAAGACUGCUGAAAAGCAUUUGUCGAGUGGCUCACGGGUAGAAGUGAGCAUACAGCCGAGCCGAAGAAAGACGACAAAAAUUGUGUCCCUGCAAGACUGUUUUAAGGAACUGCUUGCUUGUAUUCCAGAAGAUCUGAUAUCCAAAGUAUGUCUUAUUACGGACGAGCGAAACACGAAAAAACUGUUAGCAGAAAUACGAUCAUACAAAGAAAUCGAUAGCAAAGUUUUGAAAGAAAUGAAAAAAACCCUUGGAAAGGACCGAGGACCCAGGCUGGUGUUCGAUUUCGUAGAAGAGAAGUCGUACUAUUUAGAGAAUAAUGAGGCUCAAAAUCAUUCAAAAAGCGAAGAAAGUGAAUUGUGUUCGUAAUAUAAUUUUUCUGGUGCUUAAGAUUCAAUGUUUAUAUGUUAAAUUAAAUUGACAUUGUCAACUUUUGUUUCUCGUGUUCUUGCUAGCCAUUUCGACUCAAUAGAUCAAAUUGUAGUACAAUUUCCUUGUCGCGCACUCGAAAUAAAUAGGUUUGACUCUUUCGAAUUAUCGGAGUAAUGAGUUCUUAUUACUGAGAGAUGGAAACACAAAAACAGUCACUGAAACAGUUUGUGCAUGCACUGCAUGCUGAGUUAGAGCUUCCGAUUUCUGUUAAUUAUUAAUGCAUGCUCUACAUUUUUUCAACGAUAAAUGCAUUGAGGAAAGUAAUGCCAGUUGUGAUAUACCGCUGUUCUUAACCAUGACUGAAUCAGAAUUUAUUCUCAUCCCAAGAUCUCAAUUUUACAAUAAUUAACUCUGCUGAUCGUCCGAUAGAUUGAACUAAGUUCGAUUUUUUACAAUUUUUAAGUUCAGCGUCAAGAUUUUUGUGGAAUACUAUUUCCAAGUUUUAAUUAUCGACGAAAAUCAAAAUUGCCGAGUGAAUCAUGAGGCGAUACAGCCAGCAGAUGCUGGCUUACUUAAUCUGCUUUCUGAUCGGAGUUCUUGUUACGCAACUUUUGAGCUCGAACAAAGAAGCCUUGAGUGCUCCGGUUGUCAAUAACGAACGCGAUGACAUAAUCGAUGGACGAGAGAUUUUGAAUGAAGAGAAAAUGCGACAAGAAAAAGACGGAAACAGGAUUGUUGAAGAUGAAAUUGAAGCGGUCGAGGAACCCCCAAAGCUGUUGAAAGAAAGACAAGAGAAGUCAAAAGAGGAGAGAUUAAUACGCGAGAAACAGAAAAACGAUGGUCAAGAAACGGAACAGAACGAGAAAGCAGCUCGGCCUAAAGUGAAAUCCGUGGAAGAGAAACAAGAGCUUGAAAAUGAACUAGAACAGUUGGUCAAUCCGAAUGUUCCGAAGGACAGUUCGUACGCAGAGCUUGACUUCUCCGAGUGCAAAAGACUGCCUGGAGAUCGUGUGAGGAAGAUAACAGUGCCAUCUGCAGAUACAAUUUUGAGACAGGAAAUACUGAAACUGAAGAUUAAGACGUAUCUGCCGAAGUCAGUGUUCAAACAGCCGAAGAUGUUGUUCUUUGCGGGGCUGGAAGGCACUGGUCAUCACUUGAUUGAUUCGACCUUUAAGGAUGUCUGCACAAUGGUGACAGAAGACAAGAUUACUAAGUGUCGAGCGGCUACGAACAUCAUUCCGAACUUCAUCGGAAACAUUGGCUUCAACUGGGACUUCAGGAAACUGUCUGAGAACGUCUCCAAACACGCUUCUUUUCUCAGCCAGAUAGAAAAGCAGCAAAAACUGACUCAGGAAAUCAUGUUUCUGAACUCUAUGCGACACCACAGUAAUAUUUUUCUAGACGCGGCUGUGUCUUAUCCGGACGGCGGACACCCAAGAAUCGACAACUUCCCUGAUGUUCGUUUCCUAGCCGAGAUACUGUCGACAAAGCACGACUUCAACAUAGUUUUGAUGCUGCGAAAUAUUGACUCUCUUCUCGUGUCGACUGUUCUUCAUCGCGCUUUCGAACCAAAUUUUUACAACCAGGCGCACAUUUUUGAAUUCAUGCUAGAAAUGUUGGUGUCUCAAUUGUCGAAGUUGGACCCGAAGUUCAUAAUUGGAUGUCUUAAACUGGACGCUUCGCCGACAAUCAUGAGGAGUAACUUGCGGCAAAUUGACCAGAAUUUGAAUUCUUCAUUUAUUAAUUUUGAAGAAAUGAUUAUGAAAACAUGGAAGUACAAACCUCAAGGAGCAGCAUGCAUACACCCUGAUGAUCUGGAAACGAAGUUGAUGUACCGUUUGGUAGUUUUAAAUGAGAGGCUUCACUCUUUUUGUCCAAAAUAAACUUGAAUCUUGACGCAAAAGUUCAGGUUUCACUCUUUUCGUUCGAAAUAAACUUGAAUCUUGACGCAAAAGUUAAGGAAUGUUUUUCUUCCAAAGUCCAGUUGUAUAUGCUGCUAUUCUCUAAAAAGGGAAGAAAAAUGGUUCUAUAGCUUUGCUUUUUAUUAGCUUUUCAUAUAUAUUCCAAAUAAAAAACGUGUCACAAGUAGCAACAAACAUGUCUGCUUGAAAUUUCCUGAAAUUUGAUUGUGAAUUUCUCUUCACUUAUAUUCCAUAUCUUAUCGAACAAAUUAAGUUAUAUAUUGGCUUGUUUUGGUAGUGUCAUGUUAUCCUUAUUUGAAGUGAAGAACUCAUUCUCUCAUUUAAUUUUUCACCAUUAGUUUGAGCAUGGGUUAGAUACGAGUAGCUUGAUAAAAAUUCUGAUAGCGGAAAAAUAGUUGAAACUUUCGAAAGCUCAGAUUUUUGAUUGAUCCCUCCCUGCUUUGCAGUAUGCAGUAUUCUAAUGGAGGAAGAUCUGGAGGGUAGAAAAUUUUACGCAAAAAGAUUAAGUUAAAAGCUC